UGCUGCUGACACUGGUUUCCGUCGAGCUGCUCUCAUAACUUAUACAGGACGACUGCAGGUGUAAUUAGUCCACGGAAAAAACACACAGGGAUUGACAAAUUCGGAUAAACGUGGAAAAUGCGCAGACAUCAAACACACAAAUGGUCAUAUAGAAAGGAAAUGGAUUUUAUUUGACGCCUCUGUUGUGACGUGAGUGACUUUUGAGGCGUAUUGUGUUCAGAAACAAACCGAUCUGAUCAUGUCAUCCGCUUGUGUCAACACAAUGACCAUAAGUACAGCAAACCACCUUUGGUCGCUGGAUGAUGUUCUUGGUCAAGGGGCCACAGCAAGCGUCUACAAAGCACGAAACAAAAAAACAGGUGAGCUGGUUGCCGUGAAGGUCUUUAACUUGGUGAGCUACAACAGGCCGUAUGAAGUUCAGAUGAGGGAGUUUGAGGUGCUGCAGAAACUCAAUCACGUCAACAUUGUUAAACUCUUUGCUGUGGAGAAGAUGCAUAUGAACCCGAAGCAGAAGGUUCUGGUGAUGGAGUUCUGUUCAGGUGGCAGCCUGCUGAACCUGCUAGAGGAGCCCGAGAAUGCGUUUGGACUUCCUGAGUCAGAGUUCCUCAUCGUAUUACAUUGUGUGGUCCAAGGAAUGAACCACCUGCGAGAGAAUGGGGUGGUGCACAGGGACAUCAAACCUGGCAAUAUCAUGAGGCAAGUGGGUGAGGAUGGACGCUCGGUGUACAAGCUGACGGACUUCGGUGCUGCUCGUGAGUUGGAGGACGAUGAGAAGUUUGUGUCCAUAUAUGGCACAGAGGAAUAUCUGAAAAUACAGCACGUGCAGUUGCUCAUCAGAAAUGUGCACAGGGGUUUAAAGACCCAGCUGGUCCCAGUGUUGGCCAGCAUACUAGAGGCCAAUCAGGAGAAGUGUUGGGGCUUCGUCCAGUUCUUUGUUGCCACCACUGACAUUCUGCACUGCAUCACGGUCCACAUCUUCUCUCUCCAGCAAGCCACAGCGCACAACAUCUACAUCCACUUUCAUAACACGGUCUCAAUCUUGUUUGAGGAUGUUCAGGCCCAAACUGGAAUUGAACUGGCAGCUCAACAGUACCUUUUUCUGGGUCAUCCUCUCAUCUUGGAGCCAAGCAUGAAAGUAGUGAACCUUCCCCUAACCACUCCAGACCGCCCUAUCAUUCUCAUCAGCCGACGACCAGAGAAACUAGUAGGCCAUCCAUACAAAGAACCUGAGGCCCCUGCGAUGCCCACAAAGUUUGACGUCAUGGCAGAUUACACCUUCUCCAAGACCAUUGUCGGGGUCAUCCAUCAGUACCUGCGGAUAGCCUGCUCACUCCAGAAGUACAGGGAACUGAUUCAGCAGGGGUUCUAUAGCUACAUAGAAAACACCGGUUUUGAAUGCAGUAAUGUGGCACACAGGAUUGCCAUGGUGAAUAUGAAGCUGCUUUCUUCUAUCAGCACUGAGGAGCAUCUCCAUCUAUUUGCUCAGAGGUUUGCGCAUGAGUUUCCAGACUUUGUAGACAAUAAGAAAAAACUCCCACUGAUUGAAGAGGAUUUGCAGCGGAUGUAUGGCAGUGGAGUCAGAGAGUUCCAGAAUCAACUACAGCAUUUGCAUGUGAUGCUGUCUAAACACUCCGAGACACUGGCCCAGGAUAAGAGCAUCCAGAAGAUGGAGGUUUUAUUGGGGAAGAUUGUUGCAGUACAUCAGCAGUAUUGCAAAGACAGAAUGACAGGAAAGCUCAGCUACAAUGACGAACAGAUUCACAAGUUUGAGAAGCUCAAUCUUUCUUUAUACAUAAAGAAGGUCAAGAGUUUAUUCAAGGAUGACUGUUUGCAGAAAUACCAGGAUGUUCUGAUGGCUGCUGGCAGCUGGAACAGGGUUCUUUAUGAGAUGCAGGCAAGUCUAGAGCAUUUUGGAGUUGUCCUCCGCCAGAGGAUGGGGGAUCUGCAUGUGUGUGAGGCCCAGCAGAACAAGGUUCUGGACAGAGCUGUGCUUAGAGCUCUCCAGCAGCCUGUAGGAGCUGAGGGGGUGGAUGGACAGAAAAAAGAUGAUGAGCACAUGAUUCUCAAAAUGAACAGAUUAAAGGAUGAGAUGGAGGCUGUGGCACGGGAGCUACAGAAUAACAACAACAUGAUAGAAAGCCUUGCGGUAGUUACCGCUACACUGCCAUUGGAGAAAAAAGUACCUCAAGCCAACGGACCAUGAAGACCUCAAAGAAUGCACAGCAAUAUUUAUAUUUACCGAGCCUGAAUCUGUGAGCUAAAGGGAAAGCAAAAGAAAACAUCUAAAAAAAUGUCUUUGGUUGAACCUCUCAAACCAUAAAGAACAGAUUAAUGGCUAUUACCAAAUUGAGUUAUGACUGGUCUCGAGUCCCUGAACUGUCCUGUGACAGAUUAAAGGAAAACAGGAGUGUUUACAACUGCACUUUGAUUUGAUUUGAAUCACAAAAGUCAUAUUUCUCAGAUUCAGUGUUCAUGUAGUUACUGCAUUUUAUCUUCAUGCAAUCUAGUAGUAUUGACUUUAACAGCCAAGAAAAUAGAAAUAUAGAUCUGUUGUAACUACUACAGCAGUUUUCAUGAGACUUAAAUAUUGAUGGCACAGUGCAUUCAGCUGACAAUAAUGGUGUAAUUAUUACACAGUCAUGGGAUAGAGAGAAGAGUUCAGUCUGCUUUGUAAUUGAUUCCGUUUUUGAGAUAUAACUGUGCAAUUGCACUAAUUUAAUUAGUCUAUUGAUCACAACAGAGUAUCACACAGCAUGGAGCUCUAGAGGAGGCUUUGUUUAUUUGACAAUGUUUACCAGGGCCUUUGAAAAAUGUGUGAACUGUACAAAUGACUCCAAAUAUUAUCAUCCUGCAAAUACUGACAAGGCAAUAGACUUAUACCUUGCUGUGUUACAUAUCAUUACAAUAUGGAAAGUGAAUGAUGUGUUUGGUGGGUUCUGGUGGCACAUUACAGAGUGUGAGUUAAGGGGAAUUCCUCUUCCUGGGGCAACUAUGGUGACCUUACAGAGACCACGCUUUGUUUGUCAAAGCUUGCAUAUGUUUGACUUAAAAUUGAAUUUUAUCAACUUUCCUUUUGCCAGUUUGUAAACUUGUGUGUUAAAUGUUUUUUUUUGUUUUUUUACAUCUUCACUUCUGUAUUGUGAGGUAAGAGGUACCCUUUAAAUGUAAAGUGAUACUUGACAGAGUAUAUAUGGCGCUAAUAAAUAUAUG